AUGAGCUGGUAUGGUCGAGCUAUGACGUAUGUCUUGCCACCGCUGCCCGCGAUCACCACCGUGGCUGGCACGGGCGUUGGAGCGCUGCCUAGCCCUGAGGAUCUGACGACGGCGCAGAGCGCGACAGCGAGCACUCUGCGGACACCAUCAGGUUUGGUCUUGGACGUCGCCUCGCAGCUGCUCUACAUCGCCGACACCGAGAACGGCCGCGUGCGGCGCCUGGAUCUGGGCGCCGGCACCAUCAGGACGAUCGCUGGUGGCGCCACCACGGAUGAGGUGACGGAUGGCCUUGAUGCUGCCAGCCGCAAGCUCUUCCGGCCGAUGGGCUUGGCCUUGGACAUCACGAGGGCGUUGCUCUAUGUCACGGACUUCCAUUUGAACCAACUUCGCCGCAUCGAUUUGAGCUCCCACAUCCUCACUGGAGGCACGAUCACCAGCGUGACGGGCGCAGCGUUGGGUGCGGGCUUCGAGCUACGUUUGCGGAAUCCCAUGGGGCUCGUGCUGGACUCCAGCACUCAGCUGCUGUACGUGGCGGACGCCGGACAAGCGCGGCUGCGGGUGGUGAACCCUUUGGAGUCGUGUAGUGCAGAGCUGCCACCGCAGUCCACACUGCAGCCAUGUGGACAGCCGGGGGUCUCUGAAGCCGACUGCUUGUCUUUAGGAUGUUGCUAUGAGAGCAAUUGCGGGCUACCUCCCAAUCCGGAUGGUCGGGACACGCCCGGCUUUCAACCGGAGGACGUGCUGACGAGGGUGGAUGGUGCCAAGCUGGAUCCACCGAUCUCCUUUGUGAACUCAGGAGGCCAGCAGUGCUGUCAUCCCAAUCUCCGCGCGAUGAGCACGCUGGAUGUCACGCCGUGGCCGCAGGGCCUCGCGUUGGAUAGCGGCACCAACAUGCUUCCGAAAGCUCCAACGUGUGCUGAGCGCGCGCGCCGGAGCACCGCCGGAGCACCCACGGCCCUUCGAUGCACCGCGAGGGCGAAGGAGUCGCACGAGAAAGAGCUGGAUUCUCAGAUCUGCAGAGAUCUCAUGGAAGUAAGGUCCUUGGGCUCGGCCCUCUCAGGUCCACGCCGGGACCGGCAUUCCACCAUCCACGCGGCCACGUACAGUCCAGGUUUCACGGGCGAAGCAGCCGCGCCGCAGACCACCUGCUGGGGUCACCACCGUGUGAAGAUCGGACGUUCAGAACUCAAGAUGACCCAAUGGCGCUGUGAUGCGGACUGGAAUCCCUGUGGAGUACGCAGCUGGUGGUCUCAGACCACGGACAGCGUAGACCGUGAAGAUCCUGAAUCUUUUGUGUCCUCCAUCGGACCCAGCCCGGAACCGGAGGCCUUCACCAUGCUGACUGCGGCGCUGCAGCUCCUUCCGGAGCGCAAGAGCAACUAUCCACGCGCCAACUCUUGGAACCUGGUGAAUGGUGUGCGGAUCGAGCAGAAGGAAGGGAUCUCCUUCGAUAAGCCAAAGUUCGUCAAGGUGAGCAAGCUACCGGAUGUGUGGCGCUCCGGAUCACUGCCGGACAGCGAGACGCGGGAAGUCUUCAAGACGGAUGUGGUCGAGCUGGAGACCCAGGAACUGCCCGCCUGGGAUGCCUUUGACCGUCACGUCUUGCGCUUCAGCGGCUACUUCAAGGAGUCGGUCGUGGAAGCGAAUUUGGAGAAUCACCGCGUGCGAAAAGCGAUCAUCUACUACUAUUUGGAGGAUGACACCUGUCAGAUCCAAGAGCCCAAAGUCGACAACAGCGGGAUGCCACAAGGUCAGCUGAUCCGACGACAUCGCUUCCCAUCCCCGGAGGGUGGUUACUUGAGGGCCGAGGAUCUGCGAGUGGGAACCAUCCUGCAGAUCUAUGGGCGCCACAUCUUCAUCACUGACUGUGAUCCCUUCACAAGGGAGUACUUUGAGCAGCUGGGCAUUCCGCAAGGGCCGACGGAGCCGGAGGAAAUGGAUCCUUUCCAAGCCACGCGCGAAGCGAUGAAGAACCAUGCAUCGACCCAGCCUCGAACUUAUGAGAAGAUCUACAGAGAGGUCAUGCUGGGUGGCGGGCAUAUCAAUGCGGACAUGCAGCAGUUCUUGGAGAAUGACAAGAAGGUUCUCCGUUUCUACGCGGUCAUGGAUGAUGUGUCCACGCCACAGUUCGAGCGCAGGCCGUUUACCAUCAUGUUCUUCUUGGCGGAUGACACCUUAGAGAUCUCCGAGCAGUACCCGCUGAACUGCGGCAGGGAGAACUUUCCGAUCUUCUUCAAGCGUGGGAAGAUCCCCUUUGGACCCUACAAGGUGGAGGGACCCCAGGCACAAGCUCGAAAGAAGCAUGAGUUUGUGCAUGGCCACGACUUUCGGGUGAAUACUACGGUGCAGCUCCUGGGGAACUAUUCCUUUUUCAUCUAUGAUGCAGAUGAGUCCAGAGCUCAGAUGCACCACACCACGUUCACGCGGAACUACUUCCGCACGCAGCUGGGCGAGGAGCUGGAGCCCAUGGUCGACGUCCGCCUGCCCGAGCGCGCCGUGCCCAGGGCCAAGACGCCGCCCUACACGGGCUAUGGAAGCUGGGAAGAUUCCAUGGGCUCGGUGACGCAUAUCGUCCCCAAGUUGCCCAAGAAGGACUUAGUGAAGCUCUUCCAGCAUGAAGGCAAAGUGCUACGCUUCAAGGCAAGGUUUGCCAAGCCAAAGCCCGAAGAUGCAGAUCGCUUGUUCGUCAUUAGCUUCUACCUGCAGGAUGACACCUUGGCCAUCCAUGAGCCGCCACAACGGAACAUGGGUAUUGUCACCGGGCGCUUCUUAGAGAAAGGCAUUCACCUGAAUCAGAUCACCGGGGCCUUCUUUCAGCCCAACGAUCUUCUUCCAGGCAAUGUCAUCAAGGUCUACAACAACGAGAUGCUCAUCUUGGACAUGGAUGAGUAUUCCCGGAAGGUCUUUGAAGAUCCUGAUACUUUGCUCCGGAAGUUCGACUUGGAAGCGGUGCUGCAGAAGUUGAGGGACUCCAUGCGCCAGCAGUAUCCACUGAUCCGCGAUAUCUUCAGGCGCUUCGAUGGAGAUCACGAUGGCGUUCUCACGGUGUCCGAGUUCCAGCAAGCCCUGGAGAAGUUUGGAUUCCAACUGGGCCCAGAGGACGUCUUGAAGAUCAUGAGGCACUUCGAUUCGCGCAGGGACGGCCAGGUGAGCUACAACGAGUUCUGCGACGCCUUGCCCCUUGGGCCGGCGAAUUGGGGUCUCGCAGAUUCUGAGGAUUAG